GGGGCCCGGCGGUGGCGGGGGGACCGGGGGCGCGUCGCUGCUCCAUGUCGGUCCCGUCUUGCGGGAAAUAUGAUCAGCGCCCCUGACGUGGUGGCCUUCACCAGGGAGGAGGAGCUGGAGGAUGAUCUGUACCGCGAGCCGCCCCUGCCCGAGGAGUACUCGGUGCCGCUGUUCCCCUUCUCCGGCCAGGGCGCCAACCCCUGGGCCAAGGUCGCCGGCUCCAAGUUCACCCGGGACUUCAUCCUCAUCUCCGAGUUCUCGGAGCAAGUGGGGCCCCAGCCCCUCCUGACCAUCCCCGAUGACGCCAAAGUGUCGGGCACCUUCGAUCUCAAUUACUUUUCCCUGCGGAUCAUGUCUGUGGACUACCAGGCAUCCUUCGUGGGGCACCCUCCUGGCUCUGCCUACCCGAAGCUGAACUUUGUGGAGGAUUCCAAGGUGGUGCUGGGGGACUCCAAGGAAGGGGCCUUUGCCUACGUGCACCACUUGACCCUGUAUGACCUGGAAGCCAGGGGCUUUGUGAGGCCCUUCUGCAUGGCCUACAUUUCUGCUGACGAGCACAAAAUCAUGCAGCAGUUUCAGGAACUUUCCACCGAGUUCUCCAAAGCCUCCGAAUGCCUGAAGACGGGGAACCGGAAAGCGUUUGCCAGCGAGCUGGAAAAGAAACUGAAAGACCUUGACUACACCAGGACCGUCCUGCACAACGAGACUGAGCAGCAGAAGAAAGCCAACGACAAGGGGUACUACACAACCCAGGCCAUUGAGAAGGCCAACGAGCUGGCCAGUGUGGAAAAGUCAAUCAUAGAGCACCAAGACCUGCUGAGGCAAAUCCGGUCGUAUCCCUACAGGAAGCUGAAGGACUCUGAAUUCCACCCCUACGAGCCAGAGUGUGCCCUGGACCGGGCUGAUGCGGGCAGCCAUGAUCAGGACCCGACUGCCUCUGAGCCUGGUGAGACUCACCUUUACACCCACGUGCCAUCCUACACCCCCAAACUCAUCAAAGCCAAGUCUGCCAAGUGCUUUGACAAGAAGCUGAAGACGCUGGAGGAGCUCUGUGAUGUUUAUUUUUUCACCCAGACCCUCGACCAGUUGCACCAUAUCGAGAGGACUUUUCGAGGGGACGUUUGUUACCUCCUGACAGAGCAGAUCAGCCGGGCUCUCCUCAAGCAGCAGAGUGUCACCAACUUCCUCUUUGAGGAUGUGUCUUUCCUGGAUGGAAAACCUCCUGAAAAACAGUACAGAGGCUGCCAGGGGCUCGGCCAAGAUGCCAUGGAUGAAAAGUGUUUGGAAGAGUCCCUUGCUCCCAAAGUGGUCAUCAGCCUGGGCUCCUACAAAUCCAGUGUGGAGUGUGUGCCCAUCAAGAUGGAGCAGGAGAUGGAGGACUCUGAAGAACCCAAGAUGUCUGAGUCGGUGAUGUCUGAGCAGCAGGAGAACCUGGACUAUCUGGAUGCAGAUAUCAAAGGCAGCAUCAGCAGCGGGGAGAGCAUUGAGGUGCUGGGCACGGAGAAGUCGGGCUCUGGGCUGCCCAAGUCGGAGAGCCAGGCCAGCCUGCCCGCUAUGGCCAGCCCCCAGGCCGGCCGCAGCAAGGUGGGCAGCCGGCGCACGGUCAGCGAGGACAGCAUCGAGGUGCUCAGCACGUGUCCCUCCGAGGCCCUCAUCCCAGAGGACUUCAAAGCCAGCUACCCAAGUGCCAUUAACGAGGAGCCCUACGUGGAUGAUGACGAGGGAGGCCUUCGCUUCACCCCCAGAGCCAACGCGGGCGCGCACGACGGGCAGGACGACAUCUCCAAGCAGGAGAGCUUAGUGCAGGUGGAUGCUGCCUGUUGUAUCGGGAAGGAGAGCCCCAGUUUCCUGGAGCCGCUGGCCGAGCAGCUGGGGCGGAGGCCGUGCGAGGAGGACGGCGUGGUGCGGAUCCCGCCGCAGCCCUACCGGGGCCCGGCCGAGCAGGGGCUGCGCGGGGGCUUCCCCUCCCACCAGGCCCUCUCGGGGGGGCUCCUGCCCUACGAGCCCGACUCGCGCCGCCUGACGGGCAGCAGGGAGGUGAGUAAGAGCAGCCUGGACGAGUGCUCGGACUCCACCAGCCUCAUCAGCAGCGCCGCCUCCACGUGCUCCGACAGGACCCCGUCCCCGGCGCAGCCGGCGUGCGCGGCGGCCGCGGACAGGCACAGGAAGAGGGCCGGGCAGAACGCGCUGCGCUUCAUCCGCCAGUACCCCUUUGCCCACCCCGCCAUCUACUCCCUGCUCAGCGGCAGGACCCUGGUGGUGCUGGGAGAGGACGAGGCCAUGGUCAAGAGGCUGGUGACGGCGCUCUCCAUCUUCGUGCCCAGCUGCGGUGGGUACGCCAAGCCCGUGAAGCACUGGGUCACCUCCACUCUGCACCUGGUGGAUUUCCAGAAGUGGAAGUUGAUUGGACUGCAGAGGGCAGUGUCCCCUGGCGGGGUGAACGUGCUGCACGCCCUGAGCCGCUACAGCCGCUACCUGAGCAUCCUGGACGCCGACAGCAAGACCCUGCGGUGCCCCCUGUACAAGGGCAGCGUGGUGGCCAGGCUGGCCGACCACCGCACCCAGAUCAAGCGGGGCAGCACCUACUACAUGCACGUGCAGAGCAUCCUCACCCAGCUGUGCUCCAAAGCCUUCCUCUUCACCUUCUGCCACCAUUUGCACCUCCCCAUCAGCGAAAGGGAACCGGAGGAAUCCGUCGUGAGUCGCAGGAUGAACUUCCUAAAGCUUCAGCUGGGCCUUGCCAACGAGGAUGUCAAAAUCGUGCAGUACUUGGCCGAGCUGCUGAAGCUGCACUACAUUCAGGAACCGGGGCAGGGGGGGAACCCCCUGCUCAGAUUUGACUAUGUGCCCAGCUUUUUGUACAAAAUCUAGCCUUGCACAGGCCCUGUGCCCGCGUGCAGGGUCUGACAGAGCUCAUCCGUGCUUGGCAUUGCUGUCUGCAGCAGCGUUCACACGUGGGGAAGGGGCCCAGGUGUUGGUGUCUGCUCCACAGAAAUCUGGGGCUGUGGGUGUGGAUUUCUGGAUUUCUGGGUGUUCCCUGUAGCCAAAAGCAUAGGUGUUCCAUCACAUAAACCAUCAGGCACUCUGUAAA